CCAUUUUUCUUUCUAAACAAAAAACAAAAAAAUGUUGUCAGUUUGUCGAAGUUGUUUUUCUGCAAUAAGGAAUAGGUUAACAAUAAUUGAACAUGGCAGAGGAUUCAGUGCACAUGCUGCGGUAAACGAGGCGAAAGAACCUGACACAGCGCAACUUUUCACCCAGGAGCAUAAGGAACUGCGGCGGUCAUUAGGCAGGCUGAUUGAGCAAGACAUCAACCCAUAUGUUGAUGAAUGGGAAGAAAUGGGACAGUUCCCUGCUCAUGAGGUGUUCAAGAAACUAGGUCAAGCAGGGUUUCUAGGUGUCACUAAACCUACAGAGUAUGGUGGUUUAGGUUUGGACUACACCUACAGUGUGGCAGUUGCGGAGGAGCUGGGUCAUAUCAACUGUGGCGGAGUUCCCAUGGCGAUAGGUGUACAGACAGAUAUGGCCACCCCCGCACUGGCAAGAUUUGGAAGUGAUGAGCUGAAGAAGCAGUUUUUGGAGCCGUCCAUCGCUGGCGAUGUUGUGGCUUGUCUUGGAGUCAGCGAAGCUGGUGCUGGCUCAGAUGUUGCAAGUAUAAAGACAACAGCAGUGAAGAAAGGGGAUGAUUAUGUUAUUAAUGGUGGUAAGAUGUGGACUACCAAUGGGUUCCAAGCUGACUGGAUGUGUCUCCUCGCCAACACCAAUGAAGGGCCGCCACAUCAGAACAAGUCCCUGAUCUGCCUACCUAUGGAUGCUAAAGGUAUCAACUUAUCCAAGAGGAUAGACAAAAUGGGCAUGCGCUGCUCAGACACUGCUCAGAUCUUUUUUGAAGAUGUCCACGUGCCCCAGAGUUAUGUGGUGGGAGAGGAGGGUCAGGGGUUUACCUACCAGAUGAUACAGUUUCAGGAGGAAAGAAUGUGGGCUGCCGCUUCAAUACUCCAGACUCUACAGAACAUCAUUCAAGCUACCAUAGAGUACACCAAGGAAAGACAGGCCUUUGGUCAGCCCAUACUUAACAACCAGAGUGUCCACUUCAGACUGGCUGAGCUGGAGACAGAGGUGGAGCUACUGAGGUCAUUGCUGUACAGGACAGUAGGUCUUUAUGUCCAAGGCCAAGAUGUGACCAAGUUUGCCUCUAUGUGCAAGCUGAAGGUUGGAAGACUUGGUAGAGAAGUGGCAGAUAGCUGUCUGCAGUACUGGGGAGGGAUGGGGUUCACAAAUGAGGUGUUGGUCAGUAGAUUAUACAGGGACUUCAGGUUGAUAAGCAUUGGGGGCGGUGCUGAUGAAGUGAUGCUGUCAAUCAUAUGCAAAUACAUGAACACCCUCCCCAAGAUGCCACAGAAGAAGUGAUGUGCAGGAUGAAUGGACUUCAGUCUUACAGAAGUACAUAAAUAAUACAUAUCAGUAUUCAAUCACAUUUAUCAGGGUUAAUUAUUAUCAACUUGACCAUGAACCUAUCCUAGUUCAGGUCAGGAAGAGGUCAAUGGACAAGCAAAUCACAACUACUUAACCAACAGUGCAUACAAAGAAUCUAAACAAUGAGACAUACGAUCAUCUUGAAGAAUGGGGAAUGAGGUCUACAGGAAGGUUACUCUAUUAUGAGAAAGCCAAAUCUCACUAGGCUGCUUGGUCUCAUAUAGUGCCCAUUAUUUCUUGUGACCAGUUACAAAUUCUACAAUAGUGUGGUUUUGUAAAAUUGUCAUAAAAAUACAAAAUAUAUCUAUGAUUAAGAUUAGUUCUGUGUCAUAUGAGAGAGAAAGAGAGAGAUAGAGAGAGAGUCUGUUUCCCUUCAAUUUGUACAGGUAAGCCCCAUCCUAGAUUUUGACACACUUAGAGAGCAUUCACAUCAAGAAGAGCCGAGGUCUAGCAAGGCCGAGACCUAAACAU